AUGCAAGCUGAUCUUGGUUUGAAUGUUCUCUUUUUGAUCUAUUUCUUCUUACGAUUCACUGCUUCACAACACAAACGGCGAUUUUGGUUUAGUCUCUAUUCGAUUGUUGAUAUGUUUACUAUCCCACCAUCGUUCGUAGCAUUAUAUCUCAAUCGAAAUUGGAUUGGCUUUCGUUUUCUUCGAGCUAUUCGCAUUAUGAAUACUCCAGAUAUUCUACAAUAUAUGGGCUUAAUUGAACGUCCACGAACGAUACGUAUUGUUCAGCUUGCAUCGCGUUUUAUUGCUGUUUGGAUUGCAUGUGCUGGCGCAGUUCACCUAGCAGAAAAUUCAGGUGAUUUUUUCUGUAAUUUCGAGAACGCUCAAGAAAUCGAUGUCUUCAAUGCUAUCUACUUCAUGAUUGUUACAAUGACGACAGUCGGUUAUGGUGAUGUGUAUUGUAAAACAUACAUCGGAAAAUUUUUCAUGCUUAUGUUUCUCAUCGGUGGAUUGGCAUUUUUUGCAACGAUGAUUCCGGAAUUUUCGAAUCUAUUCGGAACUAAUGGGCAAUAUGCAGGCCGUUAUCGCAUCGUCAAAGGCAAACGCCAUGUGGUCAUCUGCGGACACAUAACACCGCAUUCGAUGACAACAUUUCUACGUGAUUUCCUUCAUAAAGAUCGUGAUCAAGCUGAAGAACUUGAUGUCGUCAUUAUUAAUAAGAAAACACCAGAGAUUGAAAUGGAAGCGCUGUUGAAACGGUAUUACACUAAAGUUCAAUAUUUCGUUGGAACGGUUAUGAAUGUCGCUGAUUUGCAUCGAAUCCAAGUUGAUAAAGCAACAGCUUGUUUAAUCAUCGCGGAUAAAGAAUGUCCCGAUCCAGAUGGAGACGAUUCAGCAAAUAUCAUGCGCGUAAUCAGUUUGAAAAAUUUCAAUCAACGUAUUCGAGUUCUUUUACAACUUUUACAUUACAAGAACAAAAUGAAUGUCGCAUCUAUACCGGGAUGGAGCGCGAAAGAUGGAGAUGAAAUCAUAUGCAUUGCCGAAUUAAAACUCGGUUUAAUUGGCAUGUCGUGUACAGUACCUGGAUUCUGCACAAUGAUGACCAAUAUCUUUCGCAUGUCAGCCUACAAGACACGUUCAGUACAAGAAGUGUUCUACGUCUGUUGUAAAGAUUCAAGUUUUGAUGAUGAGAAUACGCAAGCUUGGCAUUGGCGAGAGCUGUACCAUCGCGGUGCAGCUAUGGAGAUGUACUUGGAAGAACUACCACAUUCAUUUUUUGGAAAGACAUUUACUGAAAUGACACUAAUUUGCUUUAAACUUCGAGUCAUGAUCCUAGCUGUUGAAAUGAAGCAUACGGAUGAAAAUGGAAACACACGACAGGUUGUCGAAGUUGCACCGAAGAAUGAUUGUAUUAUCCUUCCUGGUACUCGAGCUUUUAUGGUUUGCAGUUCGAGUGAAGAUGCAAAAAGAGUGAAAUAUUAUUGUUCCACUUGUUAUCCCGAUGUUGACCAACUCAAACCUGCACAAUUGAAGCGAAUGAGAAAAUGUCGACACACAGUUUCCCCAGGAGAAAUGUUACCAUUCCAAGCACGUUCGGAAAGUCAAGCUUCCAUUGGCAAGGAAAAAUCGAAAAAUCCUAUUGUACGUUUGUUGGAAGGCGACGUUCAGCGCCCAUUACUGAUCUGUCAACCCGAACAAACUGAUUCAGCAUCACUGACACACAGUGAACCACUGAUGGACGAAAAUAUAUCGAGCUUUGACUCCACUGGGAUGUUUUAUUUCACUCCACCACGACGUAUUGAAGAAGCUGUUCUACAUGUGGAAUCGUUACGUGAACGUCGUCUGGCAUUCCGUCGACAGAAUACGAUGAGAGAUGGCAAAACAAUAGGUUUUCAACAAACACAUCUCGCACCCCCUUUACAUCCAAUCCAUUUUCAAGAUCAUGUUAUCGUUUGUCUUCAUGCUGAUAAAGCAUCACCGACCAUUGGUCUACGUAAUUUUGUCAUGCCACUUCGUGCUAGUUCAUUUCAUCGCCACGAAUUACCAACAAUUAUACUUGUUACCGAUCUUGACUAUAUCAAAAAUGAAUGGGAUAUGAUCUGUACAUUUCCUGAUAUCUAUAUUCUCAAUGGCUCACCAAGUAAUCCAUACAAUUUGCAAUUGAUAUGCAUCCAGGAUUGUCGUCAGUGUGUGAUCAUAUCGACAUUAGAUCGAGAAAAUCAAGACACAUAUCUCGUCGAUAAAUCAUCUGUACUUUGUACAUUGAAUAUCCGACAAAUUGAAAUGAAAUCAGCUGGCUAUGUUUCCGUGAUGAACUUAACUGGACAAAGUACAUCGGAUAUGACAGCGAAUCAAACAAAAGCAUUGCUUCAGAAUACAAUUCGAACAUUAACAACAUUAACUAUUGAUUCUAAUGUUCAAUACGUUGAACAAGGAGAUACUGACGAAGUUGACCUGGAGUUCUAUUUAACAACACCGUUUGCAUCUGGUGCGGCAUUUGCGGAUAGUGUUCUCGAUUGCAUUUUAAGUUGUGUAAGUCGAGCUUGCUCUAUACCAAUUCCUCCUAUCAAUAAUCUCAAUUUUAAGGCUUAUUACAAUGACAAUGCAGUCAAUUUACUUCGUAAUAUUUUAACGGGCGGUGUCGAUUUACAAUUAGAAGAAAUUCUCGCUGAAGGUGGCGGUUUCAACCGUUGUGAAUCAUUUGAUAUACUAAAAAAACGAAAUCGUGCUCGUGUUGCUAUUCUCGAAAUCCGAGAAUUAAUACCAGACAUUGAUAUUCGAACAGAUCCAGUUACCUUCAGUGUACUAUUUUGUGAAGCUAUUCAACGUCACCAUAUGAUUGUCAUGGGUAUAUAUCGUUUGUUAGAUGUAUUACUUCGAAAUGAUCCUAAGAUUAGCAUGAGUCAAUUUACCGGUGGUCACAAGCGAAUUGUUCUUUGCUAUCCACCAUACAAUUAUCAUAUGGAUCCGUCGGAUAUGGUCUAUGUGAUGCAACAAUCUCGUCCGUUUGAUCAAUUUUCUCGACAAAACUCUUGCUCACUACCACAAACACGAUAG